AUGGAGCUAAAACAAAACAUGAUAGAAUACCCAGCGAUCGCCUGGGCUGAUGUACACAACAGGUAUCAGUCAAAUAUCAGGGUCGAAAAUGAUAAGAUUCUGAGGGCUACUUCAGUAUCAUGGCAUUCUGGUAAAGGGAGUGAUCGCCCGAGGAGAGUGAUAGAUCGGGAUUCCAGAUCGUCAUAUGAUAGGUACCAGCCUUACCCGCUCGAUGGAAGGGGGAACGGGAGUAACAGCGAAUCGGGGAAGAAUGAUAGGAGAAACGAUCGGAGGAAUGAUCGAGGCCAAAAUAGCCGCGGUUUGGUAAACGGAAAUACUGUCGAUAGAGCUCCGGGAAAUAGAGAAAUUCCAAGGUUAUCCGAGUACAACUUUUACGUCGAUGUAGCAACCAUAGCGGCGACCGUUAUCCGAAACAAAGAAACAAGACAUCCUAGGCCAAUCCAAUCCGACCGAGAAAAGCGGGACAAAAGUCUUAUUUGUAAGUAUCAUCAUACUCACGGCCAUCGAACCGAGAAUUGUCGACAGCUGAGAGAGGAGGUCGCCCGUCUGUUCAAUUUAGGACAUCUUCGAGAAUUCCUAAGUGAACGAGCAAAAACCCAUUUUAAAAACCUGGACUCCAACAAGCAGGAUAGGCUGGAAGAGCCUCUACAAGUGAUACACAUGAUCGUGGGAGGAACUGACGUUCCCGUUGGGCCGGUUAUAAAACGCACAAAAAUUUCCAUAAUGAGGGAAAAUCGUAUCCGGAACGAUGACCCCGAUGGCCCCAUCACAUUCAAUGACGAGGACAUGGAAGGCAUCGCCCAGCCGUAUAAUGACGCACUAGUAAUAUCUGUUCUUGUCAAUAAGUUUAGAAUUAAACGUGUGUUGAUUGAUCCAGGUAGCUCGGCUGAUAUCAUCCGAUGGAAAGUCAUCGAACAACUGGGACUACUAGAUCAGAUCAUGCCGGCAAUACGGGUCCUCAACAGAUUCAACAUGGCAUGCGAAACGACGAUGGGUGAGACCACUUUACCGAUCAGUAUAGCAGGAACUACGCAGCAGACCAAAUUUUAUGUGAUAGAGGGAGACAUGGGAUACAAUGCAUUGCUGGGCAGACCGUGGAUUCACCUCGUAAGAGAGGUUCCCUCGACUAUGCAUCAGGUAUUGAAAUUCCCGACUCCAGAAGGUAUCAAAACCGUCCAUGGUGAACAGCAGGCCGCAAAAGAAAUGUUCGCGGUUGAAGAAGCUGUUAAGACUAUAAAGGCGCCAGAUCGGAGCGAAGGGGAGAAUGCCAAAUAG